AGCCUGCUCGCAGAAAGAUAUAUUUUUUGUUGCAAAUAAUUUUUAAAAAGUUGCACUGAAGGCAGCGCACUCGUUUCGGGUCGGUGGGAACAAAAAUUUGAAGCAAUAAUGUCGGACGCUUCAACGAGCGCCACACCUCUACCAAUGGUAGCCUUCUCUGAUGACCGUACGACGUGUCGAACCUGCUGCGACGCCAGCACUCCGAGUGAUGAGCAAGCAACCUGCGUGACCUGCGAUGAGCUUCAGGCUGAAAGGUGCGAGUUGUUUUCAACCUGGUCGUCCUGGAGUAGCGAUACAAUGAUCCACAUCGAUGCUGUACUUUUGGGAAUUUAGGUGUUUAUUUUUGCGUUAUGCCUACAGCACAACUUUGACUUUCACUUUGCUUCUGGAAGAAGAAAAAUGAAUGAUCAAACUUGCAAACAGAAUCACACGGUGGAUCGAAGGGGACAUAAAACGAAUAGUGAAGCAGCCGCAGCUACGGGUGAUGGUGGAGGUAGAAAUAGUUUCGAGGUUGCAGAUACUGGGCGAGCAAUUAGCGAGGGACCUCUACUGGUCGGCAGCAAGCCGCAAGGCUCUCAUCAACAUGGCAGUGAGAAAAAUACUAGCGGCUUCGGGUGUUGGUUUAAUUGGCGAGAAGACCCGGGCCUUCUGCAGGGACCACCUCGGGCUGAAUAAACCGACGCAGAAACAGGAGCGGGGAAACAGCAGCUGCCUCAAGUCAAAAACGUCGGCUGCAGUAGGAGCUUCGCACCAUACGGUCGUGCGGAAGAAUAACGAAAAACAGCGUAGAGCAAACAAGCCAAUGCAGCUUUGUUCCGGGUUCUUUUUUGAAGAAGAUAAGUUUCGUGCACCUCCAGUGCCGUCAUCAUGCUCAUGGUCGUCUACGUCUUCAAGUAGUUCAACUUCAACCUCAGCGCGGACAUCGAGAAACUACAGCGACGUUAUACCCAUACCAGAGACCGAGACGAGCUUUCAUCAUGAUAAAGUUGAAGACGUGUGGUGAUCGCAUGGUAGUAGACAUUUUCUCUUGUUGUAUACUCGGGUACUCAGCAUCAAAUGAAUUCACUGUAGGAAUCUCAGGAAAGCACUGGCAUCACAUUCCGAAUUUUUCGUCGUGUCAUUCGUGUAUGUUGUGGUUCACUUGUAGCCCGUCGCUUCUACUGGAUGUUAGUAUCUAUCAGUAGAAGAUGAACAAGAACACAUAGAAAGACGAGCAUGCAACAAUGCACUGCCUUUUUUUUGUCGCACCGCUCCUGCAGCUUCAUCGGGCUUUAUUGUCUGCGUCGUGACUUUCUGAUUUUCGUUUUCCUUUUCGCUACGUCGCUUUCUUGGAACAAACGUACACGUACCACGAAAUAGUCACACGAAACUGAAACACAAACAGAACAACGUAGGCACAGGUGAUGAAGAAGUGACCGUUAAGAUUGGUUGUGUUGUGUCUGCCACCGCCAAACGAGUUGAGUUGAUUCUCGUUCUCGCAAUGAGCCACAAGCAUAGUUGGCAGGAGAAUUGCAAGAACAGUAACUACUGCCGAUCGACGAUGGUUGGAACGCGAUUUAGUAGUGAUUCGCCCAUGCCCGCCAAACAU